AUGGCAGAAGAGGAUGAUAUUCACUUCUCCCGCUUGGAAGCGUCCUUUGUCAAGACAAAGGUGAUGCCACGAGCGAACUCCAUCGAGAUGAAAGACACCAACCGCCAUACUCAGGCCGGGGAUGCCGAAGCCAGAGAUCUGGAGUUCGACUUUGGGCUCGAUCGCAGCCACUAUCCCUUGGAUGACCUCCAGUCGCUCCAGGAUGUUUUCUCUGCGGUCCAGCACGAAGCGCACGCCAAAAACACUCGAAACUUCUCCGAUCAGACUCGAAUCGAGUGUCUUGACGCGAACGCAGACAGUACCACUUGGCGCAAACUGGACUCGGCACCACUCUCCGAUCUGCUCAAGACUCGAUGGGAAACAGACAGCGAGGGUAACCUGCUGGCCUGUGACUUCUUCUGCCAACAGCCGCGGUGGAACUUGCACUACCAAGGCGCCCCCGUCUCAGUCUAUGUACGCUAUAAUGUGACGUUGAAUCUGACAGCAUAUAUCAUUUCACAUAAAAUGGCGGAUACCAGUAUCGAGGCGCUACACGAGAUUCUAAAUCUUGCUGUCAGGGCAGCUUCACCCAAUCGAAAGACCCUCGCCUUGCUGCAAGAUCCAUUUGACAUCGCCGUCAUCCUCUCCACAUUGUCGUUUGAGGCUUCGAAACACCACGUCGCGCGAUUCCGCCGAUUCAUGUGGACCCAAAUCAACAAAGUGGACGACCACCUGGCGGGACUUGAGACCAACGACCGUCGCAAGUUGGGAGCACUGACCAAGGAGAUCCAAGUCAUCUCGCAGAAUGCCGAUUCUCAUCUGAUCAACGCGGAUGUCGCGAUCAUCACGGCCACUGCGAUCCGCAAAGCGCAUGCCCGCUUACACGAAGCCAUUGCAAGUCCGGCGCGGAUUCAUGAGCGAGCAUCGGAUUCGAUCACCUACGUGAUAGAAUCCAUGGAGAAGCAAAAGAUCUGGUUCCUGAACUACAAAAACCGCAAGGACAGCACCAUGGCGCUGGUGUACAACCUCGUGACGCAGCAGGAUGCUGCGAGCAAUAUUCAGCUGGCAGCCAGCAUGAAACAAGACAGUACCAGUAUGAAUGGCAUCGCCGCCCUGACUAUGGUCUUUCUUCCUGGCACAUUUAUCGCGACCAUCUUAGACGCGGGGAUAUUGUCGACAGGGAGCGACGGCCACAGCAUCGAGGUAUCUUGGGUGUGGUGGCUCUGGGCGGCAAUCACGAUUCCUCUCACACUCAUUGUUCUGGCAUCCUGGCGGUUCUAUAAGAAGCGCAAGGCCACGGUUCGAUCGGCACCUGCGCCGGAGGAUGCAGACGAGGAUGCAGCACGAUCUACCAUAGACUCCUGGCGUGCCAGGCGGCUUUCGUCGUGGAGCCGACGGGAGAGCGUUGCCACCAAGGUUUGA